AUGGGAUUGCUCGACUUCCUCCAUCAGAUAGCAGACGACCUGCUGGCCCGGGUCAAAAUGAUUCAAAACCGCCAAGUGGGAUGGCUCACCAUCGAUCGCAAGACCGGUCAGCUCAUCCGCGAGCAACAGCCCCUCUGGAAGAAAGUGAAACUCCUCCUCCUGUUCAACCCGCUGACCGAAUGGCUGGACACGACCCAUCUCAUGCGCUUGUAUAUGCAUCGUGAGGCAGUGAAAGAAGGCCGAGACGAAGCCACCCCCACCUCCCGUAAGCGAAUCGCCGCCUUCAUCGACUUCUACCACAUCGAUAUGACCCAAUUCACCCCCUCCGACAUCACCCAGUACGCCAACUUUGAGGACUUCUUCGUGCGCGCUCACACCCCCGCCGCCCGGCCCCUCUUCGAGCCCGACAACCCCCGGGCGGCGGUGGUGGUCGCGGACAGCCGCGUCGUCACCUACGAGUCCGUCGCCGAGAGCAAGCGCCUCUGGAUCAAAGGGGUGGAUUUCUCCAUCACCAACCUCGUCAUGGAUCGCCAGCUCGGACGCGAAUUCGAUGGCAGCCCCGUCGCGAGCUUCCGCUUGUCCCCCCAGGACUACCAUCGCUUUCAUAGCCCGGUGACGGGCACGGUGCGGCUGUUCCGCAGUAUGCCGGGGGAUUACUACGAGGUGGAUCCGAUUGCCCUGCGGAGUGGGGUGGAUAUCCUGACGCGCAACGCGAGGGAUUAUGUGGUUGUGGAGAGUGAGGAGUUUGGGGCGGUUUUGUUCGUGGCGAUUGGGGCGGCGCAGGUUGGGACAGUUCAAUUCCACGAGCGGUUCCAGCAGCCCGGUGCCCGGGUUCAAAAGGGGGACGAGCUGGGCCAUUUCCAGUUCGGAGGGUCGUCGAUCAUCGUUGCCUUUCAGCCGGGGAGGAUCGUCUUCGACGCGGAUCUGCUGCGGGCGAGCAAGCAUGCCAUUACCACUGAUGUCGAGGUGGGGAUGAGUCUGGGACGGGCGGUUGACAAGGUGUAAGAUUGCCUGCUGUUUGGGGUGCAGUACGUUAUUUCCGUAGGAUGAUAGAACUGGGGAUGUUGUUGUAGGUAUGGAGAUGCUAUGACCCC